CAGCAGAAGCAGCGGCGGCGGCUCCAGGAGGUCCGGACUGGGUGAAUGUGAGCAGCAGGGACAAUGUUCCAGAGUGCGGGACUCAUCUGUGCUGCCUUGCUUUCAGCUGUGGCAGCAGCAACAAUAGAGAGAGUGGAGCAUGACUACUUCAAAUAUCACCCCAUGCCAGAGAUCACUGACUGGAUGUGGCUGAUGGUGAAGGAUCACCCCGAUCUGGUGACCGUGGUGGACUACGGCAGGACUCAUGAGAACAGGACCAUCAGCUUACUGAAGGUCGGCCUGGACACCGGAUUGAAGAAGAAAGCCGUGUGGAUGGACUGUGGGAUUCACGCCCGGGAGUGGAUCGCUCCAGCCUUCUGUCAGUACUUUGUCCGUCAGAUCCUUCAAACGUCCAAAACAGAUCCUAAAAUGGAGCUGAUGAUGAAGAACCUGGACUUCUACGUCACGCCGGUGUUCAACGUGGACGGCUAUGUCUACUCCUGGAAGGACAACACGACUCGCCUGUGGAGGAAAAACCGCUCAGCAAGUCCUCCGGGUUGUGACUGCCAAGGCACCGAUCUCAACCGCAACUUCGACUCCAACUGGGGCACAGCUGGAGUGUCUUCGAAUUGCUGUAGAGAAAGCUACUGCGGCACUGCGCCCAUGUCUGAGCCCGAAACUCAGUUCCUGACCUACUUCGUGGGAACCCGGAAGGACGACUUCCUGUGUUUCCUCACCAUCCACUCCUUCGGCCAGAUGCUCCUGGUUCCAUACGGACACCCCAACUUCACCGCCUCCAACUACGCUGAGCUGAUGGAGGUGGCACUCGCUGCAGCUGAAGCCAUUCAGGAAGUCCAUGGGAUGAUCUACAAGGUCUUGAAACCUUCAGAUAUCUUAAAUCCCUUCUCUGGCUCAUCCCAGGACUGGGCUCACAUGCUGGGCAUCCCGCUGACCUUCACCUUCGAGCUGAGGGACAACGGCACCUUUGGCUUCGAGCUCCCAGAGGAUCAGAUCCAGCCCGCCUGUGAGGAGGCCUACAGCGGGGUCCUGCACAUCAUCACCUACGCCCAUGACAAGGCCUUCAACGCCGCCACCACCGCCGCCGCCGUCUGGACGCUGCUGUUAGCAGCAGGGACCACCGCAGUCUCUCUGAUGUGAAGGGAGACGCAGGAUGACUGGAAAAUAAACUGUUUAGACUGAAUGUCUGCACCUUAGACACAAAAACUGUGUUCAUAAAUGACGUUGAAAUGCAUCUCAUUUUUGAAGCUUUGUCUGUUUGCAAUCACU